GCCUUUUAAAACUGUACAAUCAUUAACUGGGUAGAAAGAGGAGAUUUUAAACUAAACCAGUUCAAACAUCUUCUGGUUUGAGUCAUAUGACUCUCAUUUCCUGGUACAGUCUGCGCCUCAGCUGCAUCCCAAACACCGCUGACUGAGCGUCACUCUCCGGUUAUUUUUUCCAUCUCCUCUCCUGUGGCUGACACUCCAAAACUACUCUGCGAUGAUGUAUCGAUUUGCUACAUUCGUUUUGUUUCUCACCCUUGGAAUUGCGGUCCAGCUGUCACACGGCACUGAGGUCAAUGUCAGAGACAAAGACAACAAUUUAUGCCUCUAUGCUAAUUUAAUGGUCAACUUCAAAGUCUCCUAUGAAGUCGCCAUCAAUAAGAGUUCAACAGCUGAGUUUGAACUCCCUGCCAGUGUCACAUCAGGUGAAAGUACAUGUGGUGAGACAAGCUCAACGUUAAACCUUCAUUUUGGAGAUGGACACUCAUGGAGUGUAAACUUCACCACAGACGGAAAAAUGUACUGGGUAGACACCAUCACCUUUUCCUACAACCUCAGUGACGCAAUCAUUUUUCCUAACUCUACAUCAACCGAUACCACAACAAUCUAUGCAAAGUCUCAAAUCAAAGAUGUAAGAGUGGACACCUGCUACUCAUGCAAGAGUAAAGAAACAAUCGAGACUGCACCGGUCAGUCAGAUGCUGCAGAACGUGCUCAUACAGGCUUUUGUCGGUAACAACAGCAAAAGUGAAGAGAUGACUUCCUGUGCAGCUGAUGUACCAACAACUCCUGUUGCUCCCACCACUCAUACCCCCACAACUACCACCACUCAGGCCCCCACAACUGCCCCCAAAACUACCACCACUCAUACCCCCACAACUACCACCACUCAUACCCCCACAACUACCACUGAUGCCCCGGUCACCAACGCUACUACCACUGAUGCCCCGGUCACAAACGCUACUACCACUGAUGCUCCCGUCACAAACUCUACUACCACUGAUGCUCCCGUCACAAACUCAACUACCGCUGCUCCUCCGACCCCCACCCCGACCCCCACCCUCCCUGCACCCACCACUGGGAAGUACAAGAUCCAGCCGGAUGUCAACCACACUGCCUGCCUGCUGGCCGACUUUGGCCUGCGGUUUAAAGUUAAAGAAGAAGAGAUGAACUUUGAGCCUAAUGGGACCGCAGUCACUGGGAAAUGUGAGGUGAACAGCAGUGAGCUGGUGUUGACGUCCAAGACAGCAACCAUCAAGUUGACUUUCACCAAUGACACCAAGAAAUUCCACCUUCAUGCUCUGAACGUCACAGGAAAGACAAGCUCUGGUGUGGCGUUUUCUGCCGCCAACACAAACCUGAGUCUGUGGGAGGCGGCCGUCGGCAGCUCCUACAUGUGUAACAAGGAGCAGAACUACACCAUCAGUGCUGAUCUCAGCAUCUACACCUUCGAACUCAGAGUGCAGCCCUUUGCAGUCAAGAAGGGUGUCUUCAGCACAGCUCAUGAAUGUUCAAUGGAUGACACCAGCAUCCUAAUCCCAAUCAUUGUUGGCGCUGCUCUGGCCGGCUUGAUUCUCAUUGUUGUGAUCGCUUACGUGAUUGGUCGAAGAAAGACCUAUGUUGGAUAUCAGACCCUAUAAAUCCAGUUUGCAAUCAAUAUUUUACGGGGUUCCCAAGACUGGUCCUUGGGUUUCAUGUGCAAUUGUGCAAUUGGCAAAUAAUUAAAAAAGUAAAUCCAAAACUAAAGUCUCUGCUUGAAUAAAAGAUGAGAUGCAGUAUAGAAGUUAUCGGUCGUUAUGAGACUUGAAAUGCACAUGGAUACAAUUUUCAACUGCAGUUUCGUCAUCGGUCUUUAAUUAUACUAGAAUCAGGAAUGAGAUCCAUGUUAAGAUGGAGGGUUUGGUGUUUUUCUCAAGGACCAAACUUGUCUACCCCAAAUGUUCUUUUUUGUUUUCAAGAUGUCUUGUCCUUCCUCUUUUGUUGUGUUGUGUUGAGCAAGUGCAAAAUCCACACAACCUUUAGCUUCAUUUCAUAGUCACAUGCAGCACAAUAUAGAGCUCCUAUACUGGUGCAGUGUUAUGUUUAGAAUAGUCCCUGUACAUGAUUUUUCACGCAUUCUUAACCCCAGAUGUGUGUCCAAAUUUCAGACGAGUUGCUAUAGGAUCCUGCACUUGCUCUACAGACAUUCCCUUUUUGUUUUCAUUUGUCAUUAUUUAAUCUUUGUGCACAUUUUUAGUUUUUUCUUCCAUUAUUGUUUGACUUUUCAUCCCCAUGUUUAUUUACAUUAAGACAUAAAAGAACAUUCAUUUCCCACAUUUUACUCUCAAGUCAAAGAAAGAUAUUUGACCAGCUUUUCUUUCUCUGUUCCCAAAAAUUCCAAAAAGGGGUGAAAGUGUGGUCUAUUUUAAACGUAGUCGGACAUUUAGCCCAUGUUUCCCCUGUAGAGCAGGAGGCAGAUUGGAAUUAUUAUCCCGAUAAUGUGCCUACAUCGUAAUAAGAUAGUAAAAUGAAAGGAUUUGUUGAUUAAAAUCUUAAUAGACAUUUUUAACAAAGGGUGUCUUGGUAUCCCAGGUGGCUCUACUGACACUAACGAUGGCUCCUUAGAGCACAUAGACAGGUCGUUGUUAGUGGUAUUAAUCACACCUGUGUUUUUCCUGCUGAAUGCAAAAUGUUUUCAGAGGUCUCUUAAAUUUGCACACGCUCUCAUCAGAGGAUAGAAAGGUCACCUGUUUUAUUUUCUUACAGAAUACAUUUUGGCAUUAGGUUUAGAAAAGGGACAGUUUGUUGUGUAGAUAAUCACUUUAAUGAUAUCUACAUAUAAAUGCACUAAGGCGCUCUUUACUUUUUUUGCAUUAUAUUGAGACAUCUGUGUUUAGAUUUGAGGGCUACCGCUGGAUCAGGGGAUGUUAAAGCCCCCAAAUAUGGAUCUAAAUCUUUAGCAUUUUAGCAACGUUGAAUAUGCAUGACUGAGCAUAAACUGUUAAAACAAAUUGUCCUAGAGUUUAAUUCAUGAAGAGAUAUUUGCUUUCUUGCAGAGAGGUCACAAUAGUUAUAGCGUCUGUAUUCAAUAUCAGAAUCAGAAUCCCUUUAUUGGUCCCACAGAGGGGAAAAUUAAAUUUGCUACAGCAGCAACAUAGCCAAAGACAGCGUUACAAAAGAAAAUAUGCAUUUAAAAAAUAUAUUAAGAAGUCUUUUUUUUUAAUGUUGCAUGUAUGAGGGGUCUACCAGGGGCCAUGCAUGGUUGUAAAUAUGAAGCUACAUCCAGGAUACAGUUAGCUUAGCACAAAGAUUGGAGACAGAACAACAGCUAGCCUGGUUCGAUCCAUAACAAGCUACUAGAAGGGCACUUAUUCAGUCAAAAUGAAUUUGUGCUUCCCCAAUGCUUGGCCAAUGCUAUAUGUUACCACCGAGUCACAGGCCAGUAGUUUUUUCCGGGAAAGAUAAUUGAACAGAGCUGAAAAACAAAACUUUGGUGGAGGUAUACCUGCCUCCCAAAACAUCUUAAGCUCACUUUAUGUAUAACAAAUGUUUCGUAAGAGUGGCAUUGAUCCUCUCAUCUAACUCUCGGCACGAAAGCAAAAAGGGCAUUUCCCAGGAUGUCAAACUCUUCCUUAAAAUGCUCCUCUUAUCCAAUCGAUCCGCUCUAGGUGUGGUUUGGUCCGAGGAAAAACCACCCUUCAUUUCUCAUUCAAAACAAUGAUUAAAGAACCACUGAAGUAUUUGAUAUAAUCUCAUGUAAAAUAGACAAGUUGUUGGCAUACAGUUGUGUUUUCAUGUAGGCCCUCGUAGAAAGAAGCUGAAAGCAGGUUUUCAGGCGCUUUUUAGGUGAGGGAAUGAGUGCAGGUUGCAGUGAUGCAGAAUCAGGGACAGAGGCAAGCCCAGUAAUGUGUGUUUCUGUAAUAGAAAGCCAAGGUCAUGGUUUUAGCUGUGUGAUGUUGCUUCAUUAUCUAGUGUUGGAUACGGUUCGCUUUGUCCCAGGAGCGGCGCAGACGGUAAACUUCAAUGAAUACGAGUUUCUUUUUUAAGUAGCUUCCCCAAGUGAUUGUACAUGUCUCCAGGAAUUGCUCCAAAUCAGAUAUGAGCUUCGAUUUUCUCUUGUGAUUGUCUGUGUUGUAUUUCAGCUUUGUAUAAACUCAGUUGCCUUAAUUACAAAGGUGGUUUUGCAGCACUGGUAUCAAUGUCUGUCAGACUGUUUCUCCACGUUAGUCUCUCUUUUUCUUAAUAGCAGGUUAAUUAUCAUGACAGCUGUGUUUUGCUCAGUGAUAGCUCUCUGUUUUGUUUGUUCAGUUACUCCAACUAUAUAUUCAUUUUUGACUUCACUAAUAGAGAACAUUGCACACAUGUUCAGUAAAAGGGAAUUUGUGCUGCAAGACCAUCUUGUUUAAGAUCAAUUCAUGUGUGUUGUGGAUACAUUUCAUCUCCAUUCGCUCACGCUGUUAUAGAAUUCAUUGUAUUUCAAAUUGUGUGUUGGAUUGAAGUGGAGCUUUUUAGUCUUUUAAGAUUUAAGGAAAUAAAAACUGUUGCUGCCCUGGA